UCGCCGUAAAUUCGCCGUCGAUGUGACAUGUAGCCAUUUUACAAUUGGAAUGGGAAUAAUAAUUACAAGAUUUGAGGUAGAGAAAAUGGAUUAAUUUUUGGUGGAUAAAUGCGGUGCAAAAGAAGAGGAUACCCAUCACCAUCCGUCUGUGCAAGUGCUAGUGGUGGAAAAGAGUGUUUUGGGGCAUUUGUGGAUGUGCUGUGUGAAGAAAUAGGGACACGGAGGGAUGGAAUUUUGUGAUUGAAACACGGAGCUCUUUCUGGAGAGGGAGAGGACAAUUUCCUACAAAAAAAAAUUAUUUUUUCCAACUUGAUUUGCGUGCAGUGCCUCGACAAAUCCGGCAUCACAGUAUCCCCAAAGUUGAAGAAUGAUAGUCUACCUGGUGAUUGGUGAUAGUUUUUAGAUGAUCCGGAUGGCACUUGAGUCGUCUUUUUGAGCAUUUUUGUAUCACGACGCACAAUGUAGAAGAGGCCAGCAGGUGGACGACGACGGCUCUGAAGAGAAAAAGACACGGAGACAGCAAAUAAUUGUGCUGGAAAAUACGACGAUUAACAUUUUAACUUGAAACUCUCUCCGUGUCCACAGGCUUUUUUUAUCGAGACCCCCAGAAGACCCUGUUUUCGUGUUUAAGAAAAACCUUCCUUCCGCGUGUUGGAUUCUUGUGGGAGUGCUCUGAACAGUGUGUGUCUCUAUUCAGGAAGAAAGCCCCCAAAGUGUUUGUGUAUGUGUGUGGAAAAACAUUUUUCCCUGACCCCAAGUGAUUUCCCAAAUCAGAAGCAACCCCCCACAAAAGUGUUGAUAGUGCAAGAAAAGUGAGACUCUUCCACAAGUUCUUCCGGACACUCUUCAAAAAUUCCUCCUUCGGCCACCACCAGGAACCUCCCUGACUAGCCAGUGAUUCCCAGUAGACCCAAAAGGGCGAGAUCCAACAAAUCCGUCAUUGACUUUCUGCCAUAGAGAGCCCAAAAGUGAAGGAAUCGAAGCGCAAGAGAGAGAUAAAAAGCACGUCAGAGAAGCCUCAAUUAAUAUUAAAAAAAAAAGAGUAGAUAUUUUUUGUGUAUUGUGGAUAUAUUCGCGCACCAAGGAGAGAAUGGGGCCAAUGCAGCAGCGGAGAUGUUGAAUUUCCACAAUUACAACAUCAUCGUGGCGGCAGAAAUGUCAUGAGAAUUGAGAUGCAAUUGCGGCAAACGACAGAGAAUCAAAUCAAAAUCAAUUUCACCAAUAAUAAAACUUCAACAAAAUGUACAAAGAUGACGGAGGAGAGCGAUACUAUAAGAAAUGGCAUGAAUGUAAGUGUAAAUGGUGGUGGUGCCACACAGAAUGGUGCUUCCGGAUGCAAUAGUAAAACAUCAACAGGAGGGCGAUUGCAAUUCUUCAAGGAUGGAAAAUUCAUACUGGAGCUGGCGAGUGCACGAGAGAAUGAGAAUGGACGAACGGCAUGGGUUGCGGUGCCGAGGAAAACUUUCUGGCCACCGACAGCACCUCCCUUCACCAACAACCACAGCAAUUGCAACAAAAAUGAGAGCUCCACAUCGCUGAGCUUCUCUGAUGACAACAGCUCGAUACAAUCGUCGCCAUGGCAGAGAGAUCAUUGCUGGAAACAAUUGACUCCGCGUCGAAACAUUUCUCAGGAAAUGUCGAUGCUGUACAUCCGUCCUGUGAGUGUGCAUUUGUCCAGGGAGGGCAGACGUUUAGCCAAGGUGAAGAAGCGUCGGCCGUAUGAUGUUGCAAUGGCACUGCACAACACAAUCUUCUCCCGUUGUCACAAUGGACUGACUCCAGCCACAAAGUCUGAUGAGACAAUUAUUGAUAAAGACUGUACAGAUGCUGCUGCACCGUCGUCACCCAAGGCGGAAGCUGAUGGUGAGGAGGAUGAAGAUGAGGAGGUGGGAAAGACAAAGAAAAUGGGAGAGGGGGUGCAAACAGUAAAAACGACGAAGACUGUGAAAAUACUGAAAAAUAGAAUUCCACUGAGCACAAUAGUGCAAAAAUUGAUGGACAGACUCCCAACAGGACUGAUUUUGUUGACAAAGACACCUGCCCUAGUGGCCAAUCAUCACUUGUCAGCAUCGUCGUCACCAAAGGUUGACAGUGCCCAUCAGCAGCAUGUAUCACCGAGAAAGAGAAUACUCAGAGAAUUUGAGAGGGUAUCACUGGAUGACACGACAUCGCAGAAGCGUCAUCGUGCCAAAAAUUCCACAAAUACUGUUGUAGUGAGUUCAACGAGGAGUGUAGCUGCUGCUGCUGCCCCAACUUUCCAGAGCAACAGUGGUUCAAAUGCACCAAGUGCAAGUGCCACGGUGAUCAGUAAAACUGUUAUGCCAAAUGGAAGUGGGCACGAGGUGGCAGCAGCAGUAGCAGCAGCAGUUGGAGCGGCGACGACAGCAGCGCCACCAGAGGCAGAAAAAGUGUCUACGAGUGGAAGUGUGGUGUCAAAGCCAAUUAGCAGUUAUAGUAUUAUAUCUUUGCUUGGUCACAAUAACAACAGCAGCAGCAAGACAAAUGAUAAGACACCUAGUCAUGCCAAGGACGAAGCCACAGUUCCACCAACGAGUCCAUGUGGUGGUCAGGAUAGUAUCCAGAGUCGGUUGCCACCGAAGAAGAAAUCACCACCAUAUGGGAAUAAUAAUUGGUCACCAAAACCCACCAGUACGGCCCGUCAGAGUAGCCCAUCGUCAAAUGUGGGCUCACCAUCGUCGCACAACUACAACAUCAUGCGAUCACCGGAUCUCAGUCCGAGUCCGGAGCAACAGCAUUCACUGACGCGGUAUAAGUCUCACUAUACAGGACUUCACUAUUCCGGUUCGAGUGGAACUUCGGGAGGUGCUUCAACGGGCUUUCAUCCCUAUUUUCAAGCUCGAGGUUCUCCCUCACCGUCAUCUGAGACCUUCAACAGUCGCUACAGGUCAUCUGGUGGAUACUUAUCUGGAUCUCCACAACACAAUCGUGCCAAUAACAAUUCACCAUCAUCAUGCUACUCACCCAUCCCAAAUACCGUCACCGGAUCGUAUCCACCGCAUUCGCCGCAGCAUUUUGCCUCUAAGGCCUAUUCAGGGUACGGUUCUUCGGUACCGGCUGCAUAUAGCAACAAUAAACUGCGUACUUCUCCCUGCCGAUCACCCUCGACGGCGGACACGCAGCAAUCGUCACACAAAAAGACUGUCAAGCAGCAUAGAUCCCCCGUAGCGUCUCCCAAUACGAACGAUGGUAGGAGAAAACUGGAUGGACGAAAGUACAGUGAAGAACAAGAUCGACUACCCGAGGAGGAUGUUAGAAUGGCAAAGGAGGAGUUUGGAUCAAAGGUAGAUCAUCAUAUAAAGCGUGAAGCCACACCACCGGACAGCGAGAGAAUGGGAAAACUGUCGAGUCAGGAAUUGGAGUAUCUGGCGGCUAUUUCCAAGGCAAAUUCACAUCCUCUGCUGUCGGGUAUUGAUAUGGCAUUUGCAGCAGCUAUGAUCCGUCCACCGCCCUAUCUGAUGUAUCCGCCAACUCAUGGAUCACCACUGCAUCAUACUCAGGCGCCACCUGGUGUAGCGGCCUUCCUGCCCAAUAUAUCACCUUUCUACAAUCCGUAUCCAGCCGCGGCGGCUGCUGCUGUUUACCGGCAGCAGCAGUCCUGGCUCAAUUAUCCACCUAUUCCCAGUGCAUCGCGUCUCCCAUCCGCUAGUCUGCUGGCGUACGAUGCAGCUGCCAGUGGCCUUGGGCCACCGGCACCGUCCGCCGCUUCUCCGUCGAGCACUCCCUGGGGACCUGUGCCACACAACCACGCACUAGGGACAACUGACAAUUCCGCAGCACUGGACAGGAUCAAAGACGACCCAGGUUCAGAUGUCCCGCUUAAUUUAUCCAAACACUGAGAGUUUUCACAAAAAAAAGGGUCCAUUAAAUAAAACAUAGGAGUAUAAACAACUUUAAAAAGGCAUCAAUAUUUUACAUGAGAGCAUUAGUUUUAGAGAAGAAGAAAAAAAGGUAAUAUUUUAUUACAAGUAAUUAUAUAUAUUAUAUAUACAUUUUUAAGAUAAAUAAAAAAAGAAAACAAAAUAUAUACAUACAUAACAUAUACUACAAUUAUUAACAUAAAAAAAAUUAAAAGCGUAGUAAUAUUUUGAGAAUAAGAUUUAAUAAGAAAACCGGGAGGAGAUGAUACUUGUAUAAAAAAAAACAGCGAAAAUGCAGCAAGUAUGGAAAAAAUUAAAAAAAAAAUAUUUUUAAAGCACGCAUUAUUAGAAAGUGACGUAGGAUGGAAUCUCAGCGCUAAAUUAUAGACUGAAUAGUACGAAGAAGUUAAAAAAAACAACAAAAUAGAAGUGAAUUCAAAAAAAAUUAACAGAAAACGAUCAACAAUAUACAACAUAAUUUUUCUUUUCCAAAAGUCUAGUGCCUUUGAAAAGGAAAUGAAACAAUUUGUAAAUGAAACUGGGUCUUUUUGCCGUAUAAAAUCUAAAAAAAAAAUAUUAAAAAAUGAAUAAUAUAACUCGCGUAACAAUGAAAAAUAAAAAAAUAAUGGUUUUAAAUAUGUUUCAUGAAAGGAAAAGACGUAAAGAAAAAAUGUCAGGUAAGUUUGACAGCAUAAUCCUUUGAGAAAAUACAAAGAAAUAUUAACAAAUAUUAAGUGAAAGAAAAAUAUUUUAAUAAAAAUAUAUUUGAGAACAUUUGAAAUAUAAAAAAAAAUGAAAAUAGGGCCUUAAGAACAAAAAAAAAACAUAAAUUUAAAAAAAGAGACGAAAAAAGGAGAUAAAGGAAUUAAAUAGAGGAGAAAUAUUUUUAAUAUUUACUUAUUGAUCAAAGUAGAAUUUUACCAAUAUAAAUUCAUACAAAAAAAAGAAGAGAAAAAAGAUAAAACAUGACGAAGUAAUGUGAUUAAAUUUUGUACAUAGGAAGAUAUAAAUGAGAAAAAAAUAUUUAUACAUUUAUAUACAUACAAAAAAAAUUGAAAAAAAAAUCAUUGAAAUGUGCAAUUAAAUAUCGUGUAUUUUUUCGAGAAGGUAAAAGAUCUUAAAUAUCAAAAUUUUUUUUCAAACCAACCCGUCGAGAAUGAUUAGGAGGUACUUUUAAUAUCAAAAGAACGAUUAGACCACUUGCCAUCGAAGUGGAAAGUGUAUAUUUUAAAAUACAUCAGAUUUCUUUUUUAUUAAAAAAUGUAUUUCAUGAGACAUAUUUAAUAAGUAUAUUGUGCUUGACAGUGUUUUGUGUGUAAUUGAGAUCUUUAUUAUUUUUUCACACUAUAAAUCUAACGAGCGAAAACCAUGCAUGAGUAUUAGAAGGAAGAAAAAAAAGUGCACGAAGAAGACAGUUCAAGUGACAAAUAAAAGAAA